AUGCCUUCAAAAAAGGUCAUCCUCAAUUUCCUCCUCGAAAAUGCUCACGCCAAUAAUGCACACCAGCCGCGUCUCUAUGUCGGCGUUCGCGAGUGCAACCUCGACAUGGAAACUCCGCUACCGCUCAACUUACCCAGCUUGCCUUUCACGUGUAGGGAGCCGCCUCCCGAGUUUGAGGCCAUCAACGACCACUUUUCAGCUCAGGUGCACACCUUUUUCCGCGCACUACAUGACUUCAUUGAGGAAAGGGCAGCCAGCCAGCCACAGUCUCCUGACGAGCUGCCCUUCAUCCGCAGAGACGAAGGCCCUCCGCGCUGGAUCUACAUUGUCAACCAGUCCUUCGACAUCAACCCAGAUCACUUCCACCGCUAUUUCCACACCCGCCUUCUUGCCGUCCACAACCCAGACACGCUACCUCUUCUCUAUGUUACCCAUUUGCGUGUUCUCACCGGCGCGAACACUUCCACUCCAGGACUAAACAUGAUCCACAUGCGGCCCAUAUCCCCCGGACUGCCCCUCGAACUCGCCACGCGUCUCCCCGACCUCAGGACGCUCGACUGCCCUUAUCUAUGGGAGCACCUCCCGGUCCCCUUCACGUCGCGCGCCCUUCGCCAAACCGCCCGCGCCUGGGACGGCCCCUGGCGCGAUGCCCGCAUCGAGUUCUGUCGGACUGUGCGUCGCGUCCGGCUCCAGCUCCCCAUCUCGUUCAAAAGGGCGCGGCUCUGGUUCUGGAAGCCCAACCCCUACGGCGACGACGCCGACCAAGCGAUACCGAUGCCUGACCUUGUGUGUGCGAGGUCGUGCUGCGAGUUUGGAGGCUGUGACCCCCUGUCGCUGGGGCUGCGCGAUCUGGCGACUUGCCUGGAGGAGCUGGAUGUCCGCGCGCUGAUCACGCCUGCCAUUUUCCCGAGCGUAGGCCGUCCUCUGGUGUGGCCACACAUGCGGAAUCUUAAGAUCGAGUUCCACCCGUGCGCCCCGGAUGGCAAGUGGUACUUUUCCGGCCCGCGAGGCGAGGAUCCUCACCCUGAGGGGUAUUUCAUUGAAACGAAGAAGCACUACCCGCCCGGUCUGGAACACGACGAAAAAGACGAGUACGACGGCGAAGAUGACAUGUACCUGCAACGACAGCCAGACAUGUUCCGGACACGCCCCAUCCCUGAGCGCAUCAACCCUUUCUUGCUAGGGUUUGCUUCAUCCCUCAAGCGGCGGAUCCUCCCUAUGCAGGAUGCUGAGUUCAUGUUGUUUACCUGGCUUACGUGGCGGCCCUCGGAGGAGCGGGCUCGGGAGUACGCGGGGAGUAGUGACGCGCCGCCGUUGGCUAAGGAUGGGCCCGUUAUGUUUCGGUGGGGAGUGAAAUACGGUGCGUCUAAUGAACGGGGGAAAGGAAGAGUGACGUGGCAAGUCGGCCAGGGUUGGAGGCCGGCGGAGAAUGUCGUGAGUGCGUUUGAGGACCUCGUGAGCGGGGAUGGGGGAAGCAUGGAGUGGAGAGCGCUGGAGUUUGUGAGGGAACGGGAGCAGGACCCGUCGGUGUUUAUGUGA